CCUGAACGCUGACUGGCUCGUUGUCAUGUGCUGUUCUCCGGUUGGCUAUCUCCUCUUUGAUUGGUAGUUGCUCUCUUAGAGCUUUUUGGUUGGCUGCCGAGCGGGGAAGUUGUUAUGGCGGCUCUCCGCGGCGUGUCCCGGCUCCUGGCUGCUGUCAGCAAUUCUGGUGUGGGAUGGGGGCAGCGGGCGGCUUGCCGCGUGUACUCAGUCAGUCACCUGACCGUACCGGAGCGAAUAGAGAAGAAACGAAGAGAGGCGCUUCUGGGCGGAGGAGAACAGCGGAUAGAAGCCCAACACCGGAGGGGUAAACUAACGGCACGGGAGAGGAUUAGUCUGCUGCUGGAUCCCGGCAGCUUUGCGGAAUAUGAUAUGUUUGUGGAGCACAGGUGUGCGGACUUCGGGAUGCAGGAGGACAGAAACAAGUACCCGGGGGACAGUGUGGUUACAGGACAAGGCCGCAUCAACGGGAGAUUAGUGUAUGUCUUCAGCCAGGAUUUCACAGUGUUUGGGGGCAGUUUGUCUGGAGCUCACGCACAAAAAAUAUGCAAGAUCAUGGAUCAGGCUGUGUUGGUGGGAGCCCCUGUCAUCGGCCUCAAUGACUCCGGAGGAGCGCGUAUCCAGGAGGGGGUGGAAUCACUGGCUGGCUAUGCCGACAUCUUCCUGAGGAAUGUACUGAGCUCCGGAGUGGUGCCGCAGAUCUCGCUGAUUAUGGGGCCGUGCGCCGGCGGGGCCGUCUACUCUCCGGCUCUCACAGACUUCACGUUCAUGGUGAAGGACACCUCCUACCUGUUCAUUACUGGACCAGAUGUGGUGAAGUCUGUAACCAAUGAGGAUGUAACGCAGGAAGAUCUGGGAGGAGCCAAGACACACACCGCAUUGUCCGGGGUGGCUCACAGAGCAUUUGAGAAUGAUAUUGAUGCCCUUUUAAACCUACGUGAGUUCUUCAACUACCUUCCAUUGAGCAACAAGGAUCCAGCCCCUAUCAGGGAGUGUCAUGAUCCAAGUGACCGGCUUGUCCCUGGAUUAGAUACUGUGGUUCCCAUGGAGUCCACUAAAGCCUACGACAUGCUGGAUAUUGUUUAUUCGAUUGUCGAUGAUCGGGAGUUCUUUGAGAUCAUGCCCAACUACGCCAAGAAUAUCGUGGUGGGUUUUGCUAGGAUGAAUGGGAGAACAGUCGGCAUUGUUGGCAAUCAGCCGAAGGUGGCUUCAGGCUGCCUGGACAUUAACUCGUCUGUGAAGGGAGCCCGCUUUGUCAGGUUUUGUGAUGCCUUCAACAUACCGAUUAUCACUUUUGUUGAUGUGCCAGGAUUUUUACCAGGCACUGCUCAGGAAUAUGGAGGUAUUAUCAGACAUGGAGCAAAACUCCUCUUUGCCUUUGCUGAGGCAACCGUUCCAAAAAUCACAAUAAUAACCAGAAAGGCUUACGGCGGUGCCUAUGAUGUCAUGAGCUCUAAACACUUAAGAGGUGAUGUAAACUAUGCAUGGCCAACAGCAGAAGUUGCUGUAAUGGGAGCAAAGGGUGCUGUACAGAUCAUAUUUAGAGGGAAGGAGAACCAGGCAGAAGCAGAGGCAGAAUAUGUGGAGAAGUUUGCCAAUCCCUUCCCUGCUGCGGUUAGAGGCUUUGUUGACAACAUUAUUCAGCCAUCCACUACCCGUAUCCGCAUCUGUCGAGAUCUUGAAGUACUUGCAAGUAAGAAACUUGUCAAUCCUUGGAAGAAACAUGCAAAUAUUCCUCUUUGAUUUAGGGUUUCUUUUAUACGAAUGCCAUUUUAUACAUUCCUGUGUGGAAACGUACGGCUUGAGCACUGGUGAUACAGACUAGUUUGUGUCAAACUUUCAUUAAACACUACUGCAGACAUCAAGGAAAAGAGCGUGGGCUUUGGCCAACUUCUUCAAAUGGCAGCAAGACACCAACGCUCCUUGGUCUCCUGUCUGUAAAAUAUGACCUUGCUCUAUAUUGAAGAUAUGAAAUUAUUUGGCUAAACAGAAAUCUGUAAUAAAAUCAAACUGGUACAUGUCAGAAAGAA